UCUGGCGACCUAUAUGACGUAUCGGAAUGCAUUAGGCUACAAGAUGGCGGCAACCAGGACUCCACAUGUUGACUAGCUUGGAUUCCUUGUUCCUAGUCUGGCAGCGUUUCUGUAAAAUCGAAACGUGGAAAGCCAGAUAGCUAACUACUAGCAGUUUACGUCGUUGAUGACUUAAAACAUAACUGGCAUAAAAUGAGUUCAAAAUUAAAAUCUUUGAAAUUUUUGGGUGGGUUUGUAUGUGGGGCGGUUGUAAGCACAGGCUCAUGUGUCGCUGGGAUUCAACUUUAUCUACAGAGGAACCAAGAACCCAGUGAUAGACCCGCUGAUGCAGACCCCAAAGAGAGCCCUGCCCAGGAAGUUAUAGGGCAUUACGGUUUACCUCUGACUGGAGCUGAGACUAGGUACUACACCAACCACACUCUGUCCUAUGAUCAAGUAAACAGAACACCAAGAUGGGUAGCUGAACAUCUCUCAAACACAAAACUGCGAGGACAAGCUGAUCGGAAGCAUUGCAGAUUCAAGCCAGACCCCACCAUCGCAGAGGCCUUCACAGCACACAAUAAUGAUUACUUGGGCAGUGGGUGGUCAAGGGGACAUAUGGCACCAGCGGGGGAUAACAAAGCCAGCACACAAUCCAUGGCUGAAACCUUUUACCUCUCCAACAUUGUGCCUCAGAACUAUGAAAACAAUGCUGGCUUUUGGAAUAGAUUGGAGAUGUACUGCAGAGACCUGACCAAAAAGUUUGAAGAUGUCUGGGUGGUGUCAGGGCCUCUUGUGCUUCCUGAAGUAGGAGAAAAUGGCAAAAAGACUGUAUCUUACCAGGUCAUUGGUAAAGGCAACGUUGCUGUUCCUACACAUCUCUUCAAAGUCAUCCUUGCCCGAAAGGGCCCAUCAUCAGACACUUUGGCAUUGGGUGCUUUUGUGGUGCCUAAUCAACCAAUUGGGUUUGAUCAUUCUUUGAUGGAGUAUCAGGUCAGCCUGUCUGACCUGGAGAGGAUGUCCGGGCUCUCCUUCUUCCCCAAAGUGGACCCUGCCAUGACUCUUGGGAACCUCUGUGAGCUGGACUCGUGUCACCUGAUGGACUUCAAAGAGUUCACCCUCUACCUCACAGGCCGCAAGGUGGGCAGUUCUAGAAGUUUAGAAAAGCUGGAGAAAUUCAUGGCGGAGCUGAAGGAAAUGGGGAUCCCUCCAGAUGACUAUCUCCUGAAACUCUACCAACGGAAGAAGGACGAGCUUGCGCAAAAAGAGCGACCAGAUGGGAAGAUGGAAAAAUGAUCACUUGAUCAACUGAGCCUUGUUAUCAUGUUUUCAGGUGACUGUAUUUUUACCCAUUUUUGGCCAUCAAAUUAAGAUACUUAUCAGAUAAGACUGAUUUUUGAUCACUUUGGUUGUAAUAUUUCAUUGCAUUUUCCAAGUCCAAUGAUACGUCCAAUUAUGAGUUCUAAUUGUACAAGUGUACAAUUUUAGUUGCCUCUUUAGUUGCCUUUUGAUUGUACAAGUGUACAAUUUGAAGUUGCCAUGCUGGUUGAAGGUUACAAUUUAAUUUUUCAGUUAAUGGGAACCAUCACAAACAAUACUCCCCACUUUAAGUGUUCUUCAUAAAUGGUUAAAAGGUCAUAUGCACAUCACAGUUAGUGCAUACUGAAAACCAGAGCCAAAUGGCCACCUACUGAAAAGUCUGCCCUCUUUAGUGACAUGCAGACUGCAGCCUUGAAAAAGCUUCUGGAGUUGUGUGUUGCAUAGUACAUAUUCAUAUGCAAGUAGUCAUACAACACAGAGAUGUAUUUUUAUUUAUUUUUUUAACUGACCUUCUGUAAUCCUUGUCUUCCGAAUGUCACUAAAAAGGAGCAUGGACCAAAUGUUUUUACGUCUGUUAAUGUUAUUCUUGAGUACAGUUUUAUAAACAUGUUGUGUUGCACUAAGCAUAUACAUUUACAAAAUAAAUUAAAUUGACUGUU